UCUCGCUCUCUCUCUCUUUCUCUCUCUCUCUAUUUGCGUAAAAUGUUGCUGCCUCUCCCACUCGGAAAUUCCACGAGGAAAUGCUGAAACGUGUCCGCCCUUAACACCUGCGCUGUGUUGACAUUUCUAAAUGUUCUCCUUUUUCAUGUUUGCACACACACACAUACACACACAGGGCGAGACAUGACAGGAGCAGCUGGAUAUAUUACAGGUCAACAACUGACGGUGAUCCCCCGCAGUGCGUGGAAGGCAGUGGAUGUUCAGACGAGAGAAAGAUUACACGAACCUGCUGAUAAGCUUAUUAUCCAUCACACGGCACUGUGGAGUUGCUGGAGUCCUACGCAGAGCGUCGCUCAGCUAAUACACAUUCAGCAAGCACACAUCCACGAGCGCAGCUUCACAGACAUCGGCUACAACUUUUUGGUGGACCAGGCUGGUGUGGUGUAUGAAGGCCGUGGCUGGGGCAUCGUAGGAGCACAUGCAAAAACACAUAACCAUACCUCUGUUGGUGUUGCUUUUAUGGGCAACUUUAAUGAUGAGUCGCCGAGCUUGCAGGCUCUGUCAUCCCUGUGUGCUUUGAUCCAGCAUGGACUGGCCAAGGGAUAUUUACAGCCCAACUUCGUGAUUUUGGGACACAGAGACGUUGCAGACACACAGUGUCCAGGAGAGAAGCUGUAUUCCUCACUACACACACUCAAGACACUAAUAAACCACACAUCGUGAUGCUUUUAUUGUCUAAAACGGAUGUUUUAAUGCCUCUUGCACACUGCACUGUAUUUUGUUUAUAUUUCAUGAAAUCCUUGUGUGUGUUUUAUUUGUUGGUUUCUACUCAAAUUGUAUAGUUUGUCCCAAUCUUUUUUUUUUGGCCAAAGUGAAAUCAUUUCUUUCUUUUAAAAACUCUUUAAAUGGGUCUUUAUAUGGGUAUUAGCCAGUCAUCUCUUGCCCGGUUCAGAAUGCUGCUUGCAGGCGUCUUGACUGGUGUUCGGAAAUGUCAACAUAUCACUCCUGUUUUAGUUUCUCUGCACUGGUUGCCAGUUCAUUAUAGAAUUGAGUUUAAAGUGUUAUUCCUUGUAGUUUGUUAUUUUGUCUAUGGUUUAUUAUUUGUUUUUCUUUUGUAAUCAUUGUACAGCACAUUCGUCAACUGUUGUUUUUUAAUUGCACUCUAUAAAUAAACUGAUAUUGACAUUGACAAAUCCAAUUAAAACACACUAAAGUUA